CAAGGCUCAGCACUUGGCAAUGACCUGCUCUUGAAUUUCGGCCGCCUCCGCCGGUCAGUUUGCCAUGGCGAGCACCAAGCGCUUCGUGGAGCAGCGCAUCGUCAAGAGGCGAGAGCAGGAAGCCAAAGACUUAGACCUCCGGCGCCGCCUGAUGGAGAACAACAUCUAUUCAGGCUACGGUAAGAGUGAGCUCAACGUGGAAAAGAAGCGCCGCGCGCUGUCGGAGGCUGCUGAACGGCGUGAGCUCUGUAUGGACUACAGCUUUGUGAAGACCGAGCAAGACAAAGCCAAGCGAGUUCAAAUCGCUCAGUUCGAAGAGCAGCUAGCGGAUGAAAUGGCCAAGCGUAAGGCCGAAACUAUGCGGAGUGAGAUGGACCGCCGGCGGAUCUGCGAUGGUUCCGAAGAGCUGCGGACCUUGAAAGAAAGGCUGCACAUGGCCAAAGUCAACAAGGAGCGCGCCCAGCAGCUUUUGGAGAUUGAGGUGCGGAAAGAGAAGGACCGUAUCACGCAGCACCUGCUUGCGGAGCAUAUGGAGGAUGAAAGGCUGGAGCAGCAGGAGUUGGAGCACAAGCUGGACAUUGAAAAGCGUCGCCAGAGAGAGCGCGUCAAAGUUAUUAACCAACAGCAGAUUGCCAUGAAGGAGGCACAGCGAGAUGAGGCGCUUCAAGAAUACAUGAAGGAGCGUGGCCAAGUCGAACAACUGGUGGCCAAAAUCGCGGCAGAAGAUGCCAACGAAGCCAAAGCACGAGCCGAGAAGCAACACGAGUCGCGGAUCAUGCUUCAGCAGUUCAUGGUGGAGCAGAAGGCAAAUCAGGAGAAGUUGGAAGCUGAAGAGAGGGCUGAGAACGAGCGCAUUGAAAAGUACGCCCAAGACAAACGAGAGCGCGAGGAGAGGCUGGCGCAGGAGAAGGCGGAGAAAGAGAAGGAGAAGCUGCGCAUCCUGAACGCAAUGCUGGGUCAGAUGGAGGCCAAGAACAAAGAAGCCGAGGAGCUCGAGCUCUUGCGGAACGACCUGCACUUGGAAGAGCUGGAGGCGGAGGCCCGCAGGCGCGAGGAGAUGCGGAUGCGGAAGAAGCUGGAAGACAAGGAGGAGAUGAGGAAUGCAUAUCUUUUCCAGAUGAGGGCCAAGGAAGACAAGAUGCUCCGAGCUCGCGAGGAGGAGGCCCGCAUGCGAGAAGAGCUGCUGAAGAAGUUUGCUGAGGAUGACCGAAUUGAACAGCUCAAUGAGCACAAGAAGAGGAUGAAGGUGGAGCAGCACAAAAGGGAGGCCGACCGCUUGGUGGACCUGCGCCGCGAGAUGUACGAGCUGGCAAGGGCUAAGGAGCGGGAAGAGCACGAGGAGCUGCGAAAGGAUGAGGAUAAGCGGCGGCAUAUCAUCGAGGAGGAGCGGCGGAGGCUACUGCGGGAGCAUGGGCGCGAGCUCAGGAAGUUCCUGCCGAAGCACACCUUGGAGAGCAUGGAGGACUACAAGUUGCUCUUCGGCGACGAUGAGCAGUAGGUUCAAGGACACCUUCGCGAGUCUUGGUCGAAGUCACCCUAGGAUCAACGUGUACAGGCCUUGUAUUUUUUGGGGCCUCCGGAUUCAACGGGUACUCCUUGAGUUUCACCUGCCCUUGCAACAUGCGCGGCGUUUAAAAUCAACGCCGCGUAGCACUCUUGGCCGAAUAUGGCCGGAGUUGCCAUUGUGUCACUUAUGGGCUAUGCACGACCUGAGUAGCAGAGCCUCUCUCUGAGAUAGAGAGGUUGGCCACAUGUGAAUGUCGGCCAAUGCGCAGAUAUUGAACUGACAACUGGAAAAGUGGGGCAAACGUGGCA